AGGAAAGCAAAGGGCUCCUUGCAUCCUCCCCAGUGCAGGUGUCCAGUGAGUCCCAGUGCUGUGGGAAUUUUCCCUCAGAGUGUUCCUGCAGCAGCUCCUCCCAUGCUGGGGCCGCUUCCUAGGAGCUACUGGAAACAGAAGCAACGGGAAACGUUGGCAAACUUUGUGAUUCAUGUCUACGGGAAAAUCCAUUUGAUGAGCAGGUCCAGGUGCCCAGAGCAGGCAGAGCGAUCUUGGAGCCAACCCAGCGUGGAGAGGCACAAAAGGCUCUUCUGAGUGUGGGGGACCGAGGAGUGCCCGUGACUGCCUGAGCCCCGUGCCAGUCCCAGGUGGCAGGCGGUGCCCCACGAGCCCACGGAGCCCAGCAGCUCAGAGAUCUUGUGGAGUCAAUGAGGGACCUGCACAAGUCUAGCGUGCUGGGGAGCAAGCACGGCAGCCUGAUGUCAUGGCGCCCGCAGUACCGCAGCUCCAAAUUCCGCAAUGUCUACGGGAAGGUGGCGAGCAGGGAGCACUGCUUCGAUGGCAUCCCCAUCACCAAGAACGUGCACGACAAUCACUUCUGCGCCGUCAACGCCCGCUUCCUCGCCAUCGUCACCGAGAGUGCCGGCGGCGGCUCCUUCCUCGUCAUCCCACUGGAGCAGACAGGCCGGAUCGAGCCAAACUACCCCAAAGUCUGCGGCCACCAGGGCAAUGUGCUCGACAUCAAGUGGAACCCCUUCAUUGAGAACAUCAUCGCCUCAUGCUCCGAGGACACCUCGGUGCGGAUAUGGGAAAUCCCAGAGGGGGGCCUGAAGAGGAACAUGACGGAGGCGGUGCUGGAGCUGUAUGGGCACAGCCGGCGCGUUGGCUUGGUCGAGUGGCACCCCACCACCAACAACAUCCUCUUCAGUGCUGGCUAUGACUACAAGGUCCUCAUCUGGAACUUGGAUAUCGGGGAGCCUGUCAAGAUGAUCGACUGCCACACGGAUGUCAUCCUGUGCAUGUCCUUCAACACGGAUGGCAGCCUGCUGGCCACCUCCUGCAAGGACAAGAAGCUGCGGGUGGUAGAGCCGCGCUCCGGCCGGGUGCUGCAGGAAGCCAGCUGCAAGAACCACCGUGUCAACCGCGUGGUCUUCCUGGGCAGCACGAAGCGGCUGCUCACCACUGGGGUCUCGCGCUGGAACACACGGCAGAUCGCGCUCUGGGACCAGGAAGAUCUCUCCAUGCCCCUCAUUGAGGAGGAGAUCGAUGGGCUCUCGGGGCUGCUCUUCCCUUUCUACGACGCAGACACUCACAUGCUGUAUUUAGCUGGCAAGGGUGACGGCAACAUUCGGUACUAUGAGAUUGGCUCAGAGAAGCCCUACCUGAGCUACCUGAUGGAGUUUCGCUCCCCUGCCCCGCAGAAAGGACUGGGGGUGAUGCCAAAGCAUGGGCUGGAUGUGUCUGCCUGUGAGGUCUUCCGCUUCUACAAGCUGGUCACCCUGAAGGGGCUCAUCGAGCCCAUCUCCAUGAUCGUGCCAAGGAGGUCCGAGACGUACCAAGAGGACAUUUACCCCAUGACCCCGGGCACGGAGCCGGCCCUCACACCAGACGAGUGGCUGAGCGGGGUGAACAGAGACCCAAUUCUGAUGUCACUGAAGGAGGGCUACAAGAGAACAUCCAAAAUCGUCUUCAAGGCACCAGUGAGAGAGAAGAAGAGCGUGGUGGUGAAUGGCAUUGACCUGCUGGAGAACGUGCCGCCCCGCACCGAGAACGAGCUCCUUCGGAUGUUCUUCCGGCAGCAGGACGAGAUCCGGCGGCUGAAGGACGAGCUCUCGCAGAAAGACAUUCGGAUCCGCCAGCUACAGCUGGAGCUGAAGAAUUUACGCAACAGCCCGAAGAAUAAUUAACUUCCAGGGACGUUUUAUAAAUAAACUCUCUUUGUUUAUACUCGCUCUUUAAUUUUAUUGUAUCCACUUACACAGAAUACGAGCCAGAAGUCAAGUGACCUGCCAAGAGCCCACUGCUAACUGGAAACAAGUCCUCGUUGCCUCGUCUGCACUCAAUGCAGCUCCAGCACAAAGGAGGGGAGCUGGGUGCACCGGCUGCCCUGGAGCUGGCAGAGGGCACCGUGGUUCCUCGCUGUUAAUCUUUUUCCUAUGCAAAACGUGACAGAGAUUCCCUCGGCUGCUAAACUGGAACUGGGUUAGCACAGCGCGGGAGCUGCAAAUGGUGUUUGUGCGCAGCACUUCCUUCAAACGUUGAAAGAAAAACAUUGAGAGCAGUACGGCUGGAUGUCCUAACCACAGAGGUAUUUUUGCUCCUUCCCCUCCACGGAGGGACCUGACCUCCUCCUUUGCCCCUGGACAAGGGCGUGAGGGCACAGCACACCCACGUGUACAAUCACAGGUUGUGAAUUAGGCCUUUAGCGCACACCAAAUACUGCUAGUUCCUCUCUUUUCACUAAAUCAAGUCGCUGAGUCGCCUAGCACUACCUGUGCAAUGGUUUCUCCCUGUUGAUUUUCGUUGUGCCCCAUACCCGACGCUUCCCCGUCUUUACAUUCCAUGUGCUGUCAUUGCCUAUUAUUUAUGCUAUCACGGACUAGUGACAAAAUAAAAUGUUUUCAAGAUAGCAAAA